AUGCCUGAAUCGAUUCAACUCGUACUUCAUCGCGUACAGGACAGAGCAAACUACAUGCCACAGUUCCAAAGGGACCAGGUACUCAGGGAUAAUCUAGGCCCGAAUUGGCGAGAUUUGUUCGAAUCGUUUGACGAGGUUCCUAUGGCUGCUGCAUCAAUCGGACAAGUCCACGGAGCUGUCCUCAAGGAAACAGGACAACGCGUUGCUGUUAAAGUUCAAUACCCCGGUGUUGCGGACUCGAUAGAUUCGGACCUAAACAACUUGUCUAUACUUCUAACUGCAUCUCGUCUGCUACCCAAAGGGCUAUAUCUUGAUAAAACAAUUGCAAACGCCCGAACCGAGCUUGCAUGGGAAUGCGAUUAUAUCCGCGAAGCAGAAUGCGGUCGUAAAUUUAAGGAGCUCUUGAAGGAUGAUACCCACAUUUUUACCAUACCCGAAAUUAUACCAUAUGCCUCUGGGAAACAAGUCCUUACCAUGGAACGUUUGGAUGGAAUUGCAGUAACUCGGGUCCAAUCUUUCACCCAGUCUCAACGCGAUUGGAUAGGCUCUCAAAUCAUGCGCCUCUGUCUCCGAGAGAUUGGCGAAUUUAGGUACAUGCAAACCGACCCUAACUGGACCAACUUUCUCUACAACUCUGCUACUAAUCGUCUCGAGCUUCUUGAUUUCGGAGCAUCCCGCGCUUAUCCCGCAGCUUUCAUAUCCUUGUAUGUUAGAUUGCUUGCUGCCGCAUCCCGGAACGAACGUGAAAAAUGCCGUGAGCUUUCACAGGAAUUAGGUUAUCUCACUGGGUUCGAGUCCAAGGCAAUGGUGAACGCACAUGUAUCGUCCAUCACAACUAUCGCUGAGCCAUUUAUGAAAUCGUCUCCCGAGGUGUAUGAUUUCAGGGAUCAAACUAUCACGGACAGAGUUCGAGAGUUUAUCCCGCUUAUGCUACGCGAGCGCUUAUCUCCUCCCCCUGAAGAAACCUACAGCUUGCAUCGGAAAUUGAGUGGCGCCUUUCUACUUUGCGCUAGGCUUGGUAGUAGGGUAAGAUGUCGUGAGAUGUUCGAAGAGACGCUGGAGAAGGUAGAAUUUGUGGAUGAGAGAUAUAAAGGGAGAGAUGAAAUACCUGUAGCUCAAUAA